UGUAACUGAGCUCUACAGUCUUUGAAAGUCUUUAGUUUGAUAGAAAUGUAUUUAGUCUGCUCGUGAUAAUAUUAAUAUUACAGCUAGUUAGCCGUAUGCUAUAGACUAUGCUGCCCAGUGGUUACAUUUUCGUGUUUGUAUUUCUUUGUAUUUACUAUCUGUUGCAAUGGCGGCGUCGUCCUAAGAAUUUCCCACCCGGCCCACUCGGCAUUCCAUUGUUUGGCAUAGCGCCGUUCGCUGGUGUUGAUAUGCAUAAAUACCUUGCCACCUAUUAUGCGAAAUACGGUGGCGUGAUGUCAUUUCGACUUGCAACUAAAGACUGGAUUGUUCUGAACGACAUUGAAGCAAUAACACAGGCACUGUUAAAGCAAGGAGAGAGCUUCUCUGGGCGACCGCAGUCAUACUUAAUGAACCAAUUGACUGAAGGAUGCGGUAUUGUGUUUUCCACAGGACCACGAUGGCAAGCACAGCGUCGAUUUGUAUUAACGGCACUGAAAACCCUAGGAAUGGGAAAAAGAAGCAUGGUCGGAAUUAUAAACGAAGAAAACCAGAAUUUUUUAUCCGUAAUACAAUCUUCUGGAGGAAAGGUUAACAUUUUGUCUGAAUUUCGGAAACUCCUGUCGAAUAUUGUUACUAAUCUGAUAAUGGGAAAGCGUUUUAACUACGAAGACGAGAAGCUGCAAGCUAUUGUGGAUCAUAGGCCGACAAGCAGCGUCGUUAUGUUUAUUCCGUUUCUUCGAUUUAUACCACCAUUCAAACAAGGCUAUCAGAGAUUAAUCGCCAGCACGCAACGGGUUUUAGAUAUUAUCUCGGAAAUAACUGAAGAGCACAAAAAUUCUUUUGACGAAAACAACCUUAGAGAUUUUAUCGAUAUAUUUCUGUUGGAGAUGAAACGACGGAACAGCGAAUAUUUCACAGAGCUGCAGUUGUUGCAUUUAGUACGAGACUUAUUUGUCGGAGCUAUUGACACGACAACAGCUACGUUAGGAUGGGGAAUCAUAUGUUUACUACAUUACCCGGAAUGCCAAGUUAGAAUACAGGAAGAAAUAGACGAUGUUAUCG